UGUCAGUAAGUGAUAACAUCAUCAUGAUCCCACAGCCUGCUUUUCUAGUGCCUGCUGGGCCUGCUGAUCUGUGUCAGUGUUGCUGGCGGUGUGUUGUGUUGGAUCUGUCACUCCUGCUUCCACAGCUUUUUAUCUGCCCCCCAUUGCCUGGGGAUUUCCAGCCUGGGAUUUGUUAGAGUGUGGAUCCAUCAUCCUCCACUCACUGCAAUUGUCACCCUGUCACUGCCAGCCACAGAUACAGUCUGUCUGUGAUACUGAUUUUGUCUUUAAUAUUGGUGCUGGUAGCAUCUUAUGGCAC